AGCCCUUUCUGCCCAAACCACUUUGGGACAAGCCACCAGGAGUCACGCCGACCCCUGGUCCACGACGGUUCCGAGACCGCACCGCGCCUCCAGCACCAGCAUCAACAUACACAACUUCCGGGCCUCCAUCGGAGACUACGCCAGCCAUGCGCCCGCUCGCGCUCCUGGCGGCGGCGCCCGCGCUCCGCCUGGGCGCGCAGGCGCUGACGCUUGGCCAGCAGGGCGCCGACCCCGACGGGGCGCCGGCCGGCGCCGGGGUGCAGGAGAGGCCUGCCUCGCGGCGCUGGGGCUGCCGAGCUGCCCUCGCGGUGGCGCGGCCUCCCCGGGCUGCCUCGACUACGACCUCCUGGCCGAGGACAUGGGCGAGCUGGGCUUCGACGCCGAGGGCUGCGCCAGGGCACUGCAGGUGGACGCUCGCGUGAAAGGCAAUCCCCUGGCCAAUACUCCUCACGAAGGACAGGUGCCUCGCGCCAACGUGUCUCACACGAAGCCGGUCAUCUGGGUCCACAUCCACAAGUCAAUGGGAAUUUUCAUCUACUCCAUGGCACUCCUGAACCACGAGAACGUUGUGCGGCCGAGCUUCAACGGGAACUGGUGGCCGUACGACACGCCCGACGCAGUCAGGAGGGGGAAAGCAUGGCGCGCCAACUGCUCAAAGAGAGCCGAGUACUUUGCUUGGUCGAAUGUCACAUGGGCUCAGGUCGAGCAUGAGAUGGACGACUACAAUCUAUGUCAUGGGCAGUUUAAUUAUGGCAUCCUUCUCCGAGAUCCAAGCGCACUCGCUAUCUCCAAGGCGAGCAUGGAGAAGUAUUCACCAGAGGAGACGAUUGCAUCCUUGAACUGUCUUGUGGGGAGGGAAGGCGAUUCCGAUCUGACCCAGGCUUGCGAUCGUGCAGCUCCCAAAAAGAACGAUUGGAAACUGUGGUGGUUCUACGACAACUUCCUCGUCCGGACCCUUGGUGGUCAGUCAGUUUGGUCGCUCCCUGCAGGGGGCAUUACCGAGGAGCAUGCGCACAAGGCGAUCGAGCGCCUAUCGAAAUUCGAGGUCGUGAUGUUCGCGGAUGACUUCGAGAACAAGGCGUACCUCGAGACCGCGAUCGGUUGGCGCCAAGAGUUCUACAAUACGGCAUACAAGAGGCCUUCCACUCACGUGGUCGAGCUCACCAACGAACAGAAAGAAACAGCCAGGUUCACCAACAGGUUUGACUACAUGGUUUUGCGACCACUUCAAGGGGCGCCCCAUGCAGGAGCGCGUCAAGAAGUUCCAGUGACUCGCCACGGGCGCGUCGCACUGCCCGUAUUUGGUGCGUCUCUGAGUCAGAGGCGGCACAGCUUGCGUUCUCUGCUGCCCACCCCACACGCCCCCGAGCGGAUUCCCCGUGUGGCGGAAGCCAUCGCGGGCCCUCCCUGCUGGCGAUGGUCGCUGAGCGCUCCCCCGCCCCGCAGACGAGCGGACCUGCUGCACCCGACGGGCCCUGCUGCUGCUCCGCCCCCCCCCCCUCCCUGCUCCCUCCGAGGCGUUCCGGGCAGGGCAUCGCCUUCGAGGCUCGGAGGAGCCGGCAUCCCGCUCUCGGCGGGAGGCUGGCAGGGGGCCGCGGAAGUGAAGCGAGGGCGGCUGCGCCGGCGGAAGCCCGCGGAAGCGAGCAUCAGCCCUCUCUGAUAGAUGGCAAUAUGUUCGGACUCAGGGCUUCCGGGACGGCUACAAUGUCUGACACCGACGAAGAGCAGGAG